CACCCCCAUUGCCUCCCACCGUUCACCCGGUCCCUGUCGGCCCCCGGGGAGAGCGUGGGCCCGGCCGGGGUCAGCCCGACUGAGGCAGGAUGUUCACGUCCAAGUCCAACUCCGUGUCGCCCUCGCCGUCCCUAGAGCAGGCCGACUCCGACGCGCUGGACAUCAGUACCAAAGUGCAGCUCUACGGGGUGCUGUGGAAGCGGCCCUUCGGGAGGCCGUCAGCCAAGUGGUCCCGGAGGUUUUUCAUUAUCAAAGAGAGCUUUCUGCUUUACUACUCUGAGAGUGAAAAAAAGAGCUUUGAAACCAACAAAUACUUCAAUAUACAUCCUAAGGGUGUCAUACCCCUUGGGGGCUGCCUGGUGGAGGCCAAGGAAGAGCCCAGCAUGCCCUAUGUCAUGAAGAUCUCCCAUCAGGACUUCCAUGGGAAUGUCUUGCUGGCUGCCGAGUCCGAGUUUGAACAGACGCAGUGGCUGGAGAUGCUCCAGGAGUCUGGAAAGGUGACCUGGAAGAAUGCCCAGCUGGGAGAAGCCAUGAUCAAAAGCCUGGAGGCCCAGGGGCUGCAGUUGGCUAAGGAAAAGCAAGAGUAUUUAGACAAACUGAUGGAAGAGACAGAAGAACUCUGCCUUCAGCGGGAGCAGAGAGAGGAGCUUGAGCGUCUGAACCAGGUGCUGGAAGCCGAGAAGCAGCAGUUUGAGGAGGUGGUACAGGAGCUGAGAGUGGAGCAGGAGCAGAUCAAGAGGGAGCUAGAACUGACUGCAAGAUGCCUCAAGGGUGUGGAACAAGAGAAAAAGGAACUGAGGCACCUCACGGAGUCCUUACAGCAGACACUGGAGGAACUAUCCAUAGAGAAGAAGAAGACUCUAGAAAUGCUGGAGGAGGAUAAGAACCAGCCACAGUCACUGACCAAUCAGAGUGAGCAGCCACCUGCCAGUGGGGGUCUCCAGAGUAACCUAAGGCAGAUUGAAGAGCGGAUACAGCAGCUGUUGGCGGAGAAACUCCUAGCGGAGAAGCGGAUGAAGGAGAAUGAGGAGCGCUCACGGGCCCUGGAGGAGGAGCGGGAGUUCUACUCAAGCCAGUCCCAGGCACUGCAGAACUCGCUGCAGGAGCUGACGGCAGAGAAGCAGCAGGCCGAGCGGGAACUCAAGGCCGAGGUGAAGGUCCGCAUGGACCUGGAGAGGCGUCUGCGGGAGGCAGAAGGGGCCUUGAGGAGCCUGGAACAAGGGCUCAACUCCAAGGUGCGGAAUAAGGAGAAGGAGGAGAGGAUGCGGGCAGAUGUGAGCCAUCUGAAAAGGUUCUUUGAGGAGUGCAUCCGGAACGCGGAGCUGGAGGCCAAGAUGCCCGUCAUCAUGAAGAACUCCGUCUACAUCCACAAGGCGGCCACGCGUCGCAUCAAGAGCUGCCGCUUCCAUAGGCGUCGGUCCAGCACCUCUUGGAACGACAUGAAGCCCUCCCAGUCCUUCAUGACCUCCCAGCUGGAAGCCAACAACAUUGAGGAGCUCAAGGAGGUGGCCAAGCGACUUAGCCGAGACCAGCGCUUCCGGGAAUCCAUCUAUCACAUCAUGGCCACCCAGCCUGGAGCUUCCUCUGCGCUUCCCCGGGGUGCAAAGUGAAGGGCACUCCUCCCACCCCCAAGUCAUUCCUGGGUGGGGCCGCAGAGGGAGAACUGACUCCCCCAGGCUCCUCCCUACCAGAGCGCCACCUGGG